CAUUUAUUGGAUACAGGGCUAACUUCAUCAUUGGUGCAAGCUAUAUCACAACAUGAGCCAUUUAUUGAACAAGUGUCUCACCGAAAAAUGUCACCCUCCUUGGCCCGGCUUAUAAGGUCCCGUCUCGCUGGUCGAUAAUGCCUACCACGACAGUACUGCUCUUAUCAAAUCUGCACUGUGCCAGCUGCGUCAGUACCAUCAAGGACGGCCUCUUUGCGCUCCGACCUCAACCCAUAGCGAUCGAUGUAUCCAUCGUGCAUCAGGCAGUUAUCGUUCAGCAUCCCUUUUCUUUAUCCUCGAGUACGAUCCGACUUGUCCUCGGAGAUGCUGGCUUCGAAAUAUUCUAUCCUUGUGACUCGACUUGUCGAGCUGAUUGCCCGAAUGGCGAUUUGGAGGCCGGAAAGCGUACCAAGCAUGUCCAACAAUGUUCUUCGUGUCAACGGGAGGCUUUACUUGCCUCGAAAGAUAUUUCCUCGGAAAUUCGGUUAAUUGAUUCUGCCCCGUCCUUCUCAGGCAUCGACGAAACUGCAAGAGAAGGCGGUCCUUCCGGAGAAAAGGAUGGCCCAGUAACCGCUCUCGAGCCGGAACCAGACGACCGAAUACCUCAUCGUCUCAGUCUGGCGGUCAGUGGCAUGACCUGUGCUUCCUGUGCUGCCUCCAUCACGGAAGUUGUCUCUCGUCUUCCCGGAGUUUCGCAAGUUUCUGUCAAUGUCCUAGGCGAUUCAGCCACGCUAGUUGUCGAGAGCAAAGACUUGAUUGCCUCCGUGAUAGAAGCAAUCGACGACUGUGGUUUUGGCGUUGAAUUGCUCGCUGCAGAAGCACUCUCCUCUUCAACUAGUGAGGAUGCUGCCACUCAUUCUAGGACUGUUACCUUGCAAAUACACGGGAUGUUUUGCCGGCAUUGUCCAGGGAAAGUUAUGAAGGCUUUGAACGGCCUUCAGCCACGCCUUACGGUGACAAAACCUGUGAUAGAUCACACGAAUCCUAUCGUGGAAGUUUCCUACCAACCCUCUUCUCCAGAAUUUACCAUCCGCACAAUUAUGUCUGCCGUUGUUUCUGCUGAUCCAAAUGUAUUCACCGUUUCGAUUUUCAAACCCCCGACCCUGGAGAGUCGAGCGCGUUCCAUGCUGAAGCACGAACAACGAGCUAUUAUCCACCGCCUCGUAUUCACCACUGCCCUCGCUGUACCAACACUUAUCAUUGGGGUCGUUUAUAUGAGCCUGGUUUCCUCUCAAAAUCCAAUUAGACGCUAUUUCAUGGAACCUAUAUGGAAAGGGAAUGCUUCACGAGCGCAGUGGAUCCUGUUCUUCUUAGCUACACCUGUCAUGGUUUAUGGUGCUUGGCUCUUUCAUCGACGGAGCGCAAAAGAGAUAAGAGCUCUGUGGCGCAAGGGGAGCACCACUCCAGUGUUGAAGCGUCUUAUCAGGUUUGGGAGCAUGAAUCUCCUGAUAUCAAGUGGGGUAUCUGUAGCUUACUUUUCUUCUGUGGCCGUUUUAGCUCUGGCUGCUUCCCAGCCGCCGGCGGUGAAUGGGGUGGGAGAUACGACCACAUUCUUCGACUCCGUCAUCUUCUUGACUAUGUUUCUCCUCUUCGGCCAGUAUUUGCAAAUAUACAGUAAGGCACGAACUGCAGAUGCGUUGACAGCGCUAGGCUCCCUUCGGCCUGCGGAGGCGCUGCUACUACUCUACGGAAACCCCUCUUUCGUUCAAAUGGAAGAAUCCAGUAACUUCGAUGCCGAUGUCGAGAAAGGAAGUGGUAGUUCAGAUAAUGGCAACCUAUCUGUAGCUCCCGGCCAAAAGGUGGAGAAGGUUUCAAUUGACUCACUGGAAGUCGGGGAUAUCGUUCGAGUUCUAAACGGUUCUAGUCCUCCUUGCGAUGGUACGAUCGUGUCGAAUACUGAGGCACUGUUCGACGAGAGCUCGUUAACUGGAGAAGCAAAACUCGUGAAGAAGAGGGCUGGCGACCAAGUGCUUGUCGGGACUAUCAACAAAUCGAAGGUCGUCGAUAUUAGGGUAGAUGCGGUUGGUGGUACGACAAUGUUGGACCAUAUCAUUGAUGUCGUGCGCGAGGGACAAGCGCGUCGCGCUCCCAUCGAACGAGUUGCGGAUGCGGUCACUGGGAUUUUCGUUCCAAUAGUGACUCUUCUUGCAAUCGCUACCUGGGUGAUUUGGCUGUCAUUGGGCUAUUCCGGCGCACUUCCCCGUAGCUACCUUGACAUCAAUACAGGGGGAUGGGUGGUAUGGUCUCUCCGGUUCGCUGCAGCAGUGUUUGUGGUUGCUUGUCCAUGUGGCAUUGGGUUAGCAGGUCCGACUGCUCUCCUGGUGGGUUCAGGAGUAGCCGCUCGACAUGGUAUCCUCGUGAGGGGAGGGGGGGAAGCCUUCCAGGACAUGGCUGAAAUAGACACCAUCGUUUUCGACAAGACGGGCACAUUGACCGAAGGCGGGCAGCCACGAGUUUCUGACUACCAGAUUACCACUUCGUCGAGCAAAUGGACUCGCGGCGUAGUCUUUGGAAUCACUGCAGAGAUGGAAUCGGCAUCAAGCCACCCGCUGGCCAAUGCAAUUAGGCGUCAUGCUGAGAUCCACGGGGCUACAAACAUGCACGCGACUGAUUUGGAAGAAGUGGCCGGAAUGGGUAUGAAGGCUCGCUUCGAGAGUCUUGGCUGUGCAGCUGUCGUCGGAAGUGAGACGUGGAUCACCCAACAGGGUGCGGCGAUCGACGUAUCCACAUCUUCUGCCCUGCGGAAAUGGAAGAAAGAAGGAAAAAGUGUUGCCUUGCUGGCAGUCAAGGAUGUCGCGAGUGGUGCCGUAGAGGUCGUCGCCAUCUUCGCGAUCACAGACCCGUUAAGACCCGAGGCCGGCCACGUUGUCCAGAAAUUGCAAAAGAACGGGAUUGGAACGUGGAUGGUUUCUGGCGACAACGAGACAACCGCAAAGGCAGUAGCUAGUGUGGUGGGAAUUCCCUUAAGUAAUGUCAUUGCGGGAGUCCUACCACACGAGAAGGCUCAAAAGAUCGAAUGGUUACAGCAAAACGGGGAUAAGCGACUUCGAUCAAGGUGGCGGAAAUGGUUCCAACAGCCGGUAAAAAGUGAACGAUGUGUUGUCGCAAUGGUAGGCGACGGGAUUAAUGAUGCUCCGGCACUGGCUGCAGCAGACGUGGGCAUUGCGAUUGGGUCCGGCAGCGAGGUUGCAAUAUCAAGCGCCUCCUUUAUCUUACUAUCGUCUAAUCUACGAAGUCUGCUUACUCUGGCCGAUUUGUCUCGCAAAGUCCUGAACCGAGUUAAAUUGAAUUUUGUGUGGGCAAUAGGGUACAACCUCGUCGCUGUUCCCAUUGCUGCUGGUGUGCUGUACCCAGCUAGUCACAUUCGUCUUUCUCCUGCCUGGGCAUCUCUAGCAAUGGCUUUAUCCUCGGUUUCUGUGGUUGCGUCUUCCCUUCUGCUGAAGUGGUAUAAGCAGCCUGAUGUUUGAUGAUCUGCUUUAAUGCGUCAUAGCUCAUCUGUGAUAAUAUCUUUGCUGGAUUGGACUGGAUCUUUACUGGAAGUGUUCAAAGAAAUUGGGUCUUGUCUCCGACCUGCAGGGACUCGGUUGCACGACAACGGGGUGGAGCCGCUGGAUCGGUAGGUUCAUCUGCUUGCUCGGGACAUGCAGCUGAGAUUAAGAUGGUGGUAACAGCGUAGCCUUAGAUGUCUAUCCAUGUACUAUCUGUUGUGUAACAUUAGAAAUUAACUUCAGAAGAAGGGAGUGGUGAGGAGGUGCGAAAUGAGUCGGGCAAGGAAGUCGAGCUGCAACUAUCUACCUUAGGUAAUGGUUGGAGAUACAUAGGGGGCUGGCCUUGCUCAUUUGCCGCUCUGCCGCACAUCUGGACCCUCACCUCAUCCACUAGCGUCUUAGUAUCUGUGGUUUCCAAGUCCUUUC